GUGCAACCGCAAUGAAGCAGGAGAAGCAGGACGACGGCGCCCCAAAACCCAAGCGCGCCUGCAAGGCGCGAAAGCAAGCGGCCGCCGCCACGGGCGUCACUGCGAGCCAAGAGCCCGCCGCCGCCAAGCAAGGCACUGCCUCAACGGCGGCCGCCACGGGCGGCACUGCAAGCCAGGAUGCUGGCGCCGUCAAGCAAGAUCUGACGGGCACAAGCGGCGCGAAUGUGGAGAUGAAACAAGAAGCACAGAAAAAGGGCAAGCAGGACGAGCGGGACGUGGAAGGUCUGGAGAGAAAUGACCAAGGUUUGUCCCGUCGCGUUGUACUUUUGUCUUGCUACAAGUGGUUUCUCAUCGCACUUUUUGGCGCCUGUUGUAUCACAGCAGACAUAGAUGGCAGUGAGCAGUUUGAGGCUGUGGACGCCUCAAGGGACGGCGUGAACUCCGACGUCCUGCAAAAGGCCGUGCAGCACGCCCAUGACUACGGCGUCCACGGCGAGGGGCUGGUGGUGGCUUACAACGUCGAUCGCUGCCCGGAUCUGACGCAGCCGGCUGCUCACGGCGCCAAAUUCUUCUUUGACGACGACGCGCGCAAGCUCUUCAUCACCUGCGCCACGUCCUUUGUGCACGCCGCUGCUGCCGGGGAUGCGCACUCACAACUGUCUGUUUUCAAAACGUCACACAAUAAGGGCGUGAAGGAACGGCGUUUGACUGUCACUGGAGAUGGAACAAUCAGUCAUUUUGGCGACGCCCCAGACGUUGCUGUGACAGCAGAAGAUACGAAGCGAAAUCCUUUACCGCUUCUGAUCAUUGAGCUCGAGAUGGGCAAUCGCAACGCGACGGCAAGCCGGCGGCAAGGCCACGUCCUUUUUCGGCGCUAUCCAACGCUGCGUGCACUUGUGGUUGUGGUAACGCCUUUUCAGUUCAACUUUGAUCGUGUCACGGACAUGGAGGUGGUGGUGGUGUAUUACCUCCGCGAGCAGAGUCACGGGCCAAUCACGGCAAAGCAGGCAUUUGACCUCGGCACGGUGCCCGCUGACCGGGCCGCGUGGAUGGCUGAGCUGGGCGGCGAUCAUUUACCACCCUUUGAUGAGGCAUCGUGGGUUGUCUGCCGCGCUACGCCCCGUCAGGGGUCAGAGGAGCGAGAAGUCGAGCUCGAUGAAGCCAUCAUCCACUUCCCAAAGUUAGUCGUGGAAGUUCAUGCUUCGGAAAACCCGAGCCUGGCAAAACACGUGCGGGAGUAUCUUCGUGGCGUGAGCCAUUUCGACAUGCAGCUACAUUUGUCGGAGAACGUGCAGGAGUUUUACAGACAUUUUGUAAACCUAGCGACAGACACGAAAGAGGUAUGGGCCCUACUUGUUCGCAUGCAUCAGGCAGCAAAGGCCGCCUUUAAGCUGCGUGCAAAUUGUGCGAUGCCUGGCGGUGUUACAAAGAUCCGGCUUGCAACAGGCGAUGGAAGGCGCAAGUUGAGCAUGUCGCGGGCGUUUGAGUACGUCUUUUCGGGGUAUUGCGAGCAACUAGAGAGGGCAGGUGUGGACGUCGCGGCCCUGCCUCGGCGCCAACCCGACCCGACUGCCCCGCAAGGCCUCCGAUUUCUUGAACGUUCAAAGGAGGACAUGGUGAUGGCGGCUGAGCAAUUGUGCCAAAUCCUGCAGGGAAUGCAGGGCGAGACUUCCAACUCGCGGCGGGCACCCCAUUCCCGGUUGCCCUUGGUUCCACCCCUCGGCUCCAUCUUCCUACGCAUCAUGGGCCUCACGCUCCUGGCAGUCCAGCUGCCCGCGGCUGCCCCAGACACCUGUUCGCAUGCCUCUUAUCCUCACCACCGCUUCUCGCGUCGCCACACGCGCUCCCUUCCCUCCACACAGCUGCAAGCCUGUUGCCGUCGCCUGAGCAAGCUCGGCAUUGAUGAGGGCAUUGCAAUGGAAACGCUCGUUGAACAUCCGGGCGCUUCCUUUCCGCAGUUGCUUGAGCUCUCUGUACGCCGAAGUGCCGAAUCUCUCAAGCUACGCCAGCCACGCAAGCGCCUGCUCUCCAGCAAGAGCUUUCGCGCCGACUUGGCCCUCCUCGAACAGAUUGUCGCGUCCUUGGAGCGCCAGCAGAUGAGCCACAUCACCACUUACCCCUUCCCCAACGGCCACAACUACAUUGUGAGCCCCAGCGGUCCAGAGGCCCUCUACCCGCGCGACCAGCAUCAGGAUCGCCUCCGCCGCGGCGUCGCCGCUGGUCGGGCCGCCACCAUCCAUCAUGGUGCGGCAAAUACCUCCUCGAGUAGCGAAGACCUUGGGCGCACCGCGGGGCCGCUCACUCAACCAACUUCAUCAACCGGCAGCUUUGACCUGCAAGCUUCGGUCGAGUCCUCCCCCCGCUCUCAUCACGAUUCUCCCUUUGCGCCGCCCCCCACCGCCGCGGGUGCCACUGUCCCCGCCGCCACACCCCCGCAAGCUCACUCGCCACACCAUGCGCUGCAACGCGAGCUGAGUGCCACUACCCUCAACUUGCUGAGCCUCGACCUCGAGGACUCACAUUCGCUGGAUGCCGACAUGGACUCGAGCCUGCCGGCGACCGAUCCUGCCGCUCGGGCCCGCCCGCGUCCACGCAGCGACUCGUCGGGAUCGGUGGUG